GCCGGGGUAGGCCCAGCCCGGCCCCGGGACCGCCGCUGCCGCGGGCGGGGGCGCGGGCGGCCGGCGAGAUGCGCGCAGCGCGGCCCCGGGAGGCGGCCGCCCUGGGGCCGUCGGGAUGGAGGUGAGACGGCAGCCGUGACGCCCGCCCUCGUACCCCUGCACCGCAGCGGCCCGCAGCGCUCCCCGCCCCCCGCCCCCGUGGCAGCGGGCCUUGCCGUCGAGUGACAGCGGCCUGGGGGGGCAGGGGGGGCGGGGACGGCCGGACCAGCGAUGCCGGCGGGCAUGACGAAGCAUGGCUCGCGCUCCACCAGCUCGCUGCCGCCCGAGCCCAUGGAGAUCGUACGCAGCAAGGCGUGCUCACGCCGGGUGCGCCUCAAUGUCGGGGGACUGGCGCACGAGGUGCUCUGGCGCACUCUGGACCGCCUGCCCCGCACGCGGCUGGGCAAGCUCCGGGACUGCAACACGCACGACUCUCUGCUUCAGGUGUGCGACGACUACAGCCUUGAGGACAAUGAGUACUUCUUCGACCGCCACCCGGGCGCCUUUACCUCCAUUCUCAAUUUCUACCGCACGGGCCGCCUACACAUGAUGGAGGAGAUGUGCGCGCUGAGCUUCAGCCAGGAGCUGGACUACUGGGGCAUCGAUGAGAUCUACCUGGAGUCCUGCUGUCAGGCCCGCUACCACCAGAAGAAGGAGCAGAUGAACGAGGAGCUGAAGCGCGAGGCCGAGACUCUGCGGGAGCGGGAGGGCGAGGAGUUCGACAACACGUGCUGCGCCGAGAAGAGGAAGAAACUCUGGGACCUGCUGGAGAAGCCCAAUUCAUCGGUGGCCGCCAAGAUCCUGGCCAUCAUCUCCAUCAUGUUCAUCGUCCUCUCCACCAUUGCCCUGUCUCUCAACACACUGCCCGAGCUACAGAGCCUGGACGAGUUUGGGCAGAGCACGGAUAACCCACAGCUGGCGCACGUGGAAGCGGUAUGCAUUGCGUGGUUCACCAUGGAGUACUUGCUGAGGUUCCUGUCCUCACCCAAGAAAUGGAAGUUUUUUAAGGGCCCUCUCAAUGCCAUUGACUUAUUGGCCAUCCUGCCCUACUAUGUCACCAUCUUCCUCACGGAAUCCAACAAGAGCGUGCUGCAGUUCCAGAAUGUGCGCCGCGUGGUCCAGAUCUUCCGCAUCAUGCGCAUCCUUCGCAUCCUGAAGCUGGCCCGCCACUCCACCGGCCUCCAGUCCCUGGGGUUCACACUGCGCAGGAGCUACAACGAGCUGGGCUUGCUCAUCCUCUUUCUCGCCAUGGGCAUCAUGAUCUUCUCCAGCUUGGUCUUCUUUGCCGAGAAGGAUGAGGAUGACACCAAGUUCAAAAGCAUCCCUGCCUCCUUCUGGUGGGCCACUAUCACCAUGACAACCGUUGGGUAUGGAGACAUCUACCCUAAGACUCUCCUAGGGAAAAUCGUGGGCGGCCUCUGCUGCAUCGCUGGGGUCCUGGUGAUCGCCCUUCCCAUUCCCAUCAUCGUCAAUAACUUCUCGGAAUUCUACAAGGAGCAGAAGCGGCAGGAGAAAGCCAUCAAGCGGAGGGAGGCUCUGGAGAGAGCCAAGCGGAACGGCAGCAUCGUGUCCAUGAACAUGAAGGAUGCCUUCGCCCGGAGCAUCGAGAUGAUGGACAUCGUGGUGGAGAAAAACGGAGAGAGCAUGGCUAAGAAGGACAAAGUGCAGGAUAACCACCUGUCUCCCAACAAGUGGAAAUGGACCAAGAGGGCACUAUCUGAGACCAGCUCAAGCAAGUCCUUUGAGACCAAGGAGCAGGGGUCCCCUGAGAAGGCCAGAUCGUCUUCUAGUCCUCAGCACCUGAAUGUCCAGCAGUUGGAAGACAUGUACAAUAAGAUGGCCAAGACGCAGUCCCAACCCAUCCUCAAUACCAAGGAGAUGGCACCGCAGAGUAUGCCGAAGGAGGAGCUGGAGAUGGAAAGUAUGCCCAGCCCCGUGGCCCCUCUGCCCACACGCACAGAAGGCGUCAUCGACAUGCGGAGCAUGUCCAGCAUCGACAGCUUCAUCAGCUGCGCUACGGACUUCCCUGAAGCCACCAGAUUCUCCCACAGUCCUCUGGCUUCCCUCCCCAGCAAGGCUGGGGGCAGCACAGCUCCAGAGGUAGGCUGGCGGGGGGCUCUGGGUGCCAGUGGUGGGAGACUCAUCGAGGCCAACCCCACUCCUGAGGCCAGCCGCUCUGGCUUCUUCGUUGAGAGCCCCAGGAGUUCUAUGAAGACCAACAACCCCAUGAAGCUCCGGGCGCUCAAGGUCAACUUCAUGGAGGGCGACCCCAGCCCGCUGCUGCCCUCUCUGGGGAUGUACCACGACCCUCUUAGGAACAGGGGGGGUGCAGCAGCUGCGGUCGCAGGACUGGAGUGCGCCUCACUCUUAGACAAGCCUGUGUUGAGCCCAGAGUCCUCCAUCUACACCACAGCAAGUGCCAGGACACCCCCUCUUUCCCCCGAGAAACACACAGCAAUAGCAUUCAACUUUGAGGCAGGCGUCCACCAGUACAUAGACACAGACACAGACGAUGAGGGGCAGCCGCUCUACAGCGUGGACUCCAGUCCUCCCAAGAGUAUCCACGGGAGCACCAGCCCCAAGUUCAGCAUCGGAACUAGAACAGAGAAGAAUCAUUUCGAAAGCUCCCCCUUGCCCACCUCCCCUAAGUUCCUAAGGCCGAACUGUGUCUACUCCUCAGAAGGGUUGACUGGGAAAGGCCUCGGAGCUCAAGAGAAGUGCAAGCUGGAGAACCACACCUCCCCCGACAUACACAUGCUGCCUGGGGGAGGAGCACACGGGAGCACUCGGGAUCAGAGCAUCUGAGCUGCCCACCACAGAAGGGAGUUUGCAGGAGAAAUCAAGGAGGGGGGAUGCUUGGCUUGCUGCCCCUGAGUUCUACAUGACCUCGGAGACACAAGGCCCCCCGCAGAGCUCCAACAACAGGAGAGACCCUGAGAGCCAAGACAGGUCUAUGAAACACAUAACCAGCCGAGUCAUGGGGACCAUACCUCCUAACAGCAUCUUCCCGAGAUGAAAUGAGCAGAGCUCACAGCCACUAAGACCUAGCCUAGACCACCCACUUCCUAGUUCCCUCUUGAGGCUCUCCCAACCUCUGAGUGCACCAUCUCCAUCUCUGGCGGCUUCAGCUGGAUGAGGACAUUGGAGCAAGGGGCUGCUAGCAAAAGAGUGGGUUGACCAAGUAGUACUGGUGUUGCCUAGCCACCUCCAAGAACACCUGCCCUCCGUGGCAAGACCAUGCUGUUAGAAGGGUACAGGGGACACUUUGAUCGUGAGGAAUCCUCUGCUCUAUCGGCCAUGGUCCCAGUGCAUAACCCGUAACCAGGCAAGCGGGCUUGAAUGAGUCAGUAUUCUGUGGCGCCCAGGGCUUUAUUCUAGGACGCUGUCAGGGUGAGCUGACAAAUCGGACUCCAUUCUUUCUGCCCACCUGGCAACUGAGGAAGGGUUCAGACGGUUGGCAUGCAGCCAGGGGGAUAAACCAGACCACCGCUUUUAGGGCUGUCACAGGAAUGAGCGUUCCAGACAGCACUAGCCUGAGCUCAAAAGAUAGGUGAGCAUCAAAUAUGCAAACAAGAUAGAUUAUUCAAAGAGACUGUGUGGCUGAAGAACGGCAUUAAAAAAUAAUAAAUUUCAUUUUCUACAUGAAAACAAAAAAAGAAAAAGAAAAAAAAAACAGAGCCCUCCCUGAACUGCCCUGUGCAGGCUUCUGACGACUUUUCGUUGUGGCGGGGAACAUAGGAACAUACCUACUAUGAGAGAAGUUCUUUUUUUGUUUUGUUUUGUUUUUGUUCUUUUGUUUGUUUCCUGUGGUAUUCAAACUAAAAAAAAAAUAAUAAUAAGUUAAUAAAAGCACUUUAUGUUUUUCUAAUAGGUUCUACCAGGGACAGUGUCAAGAUCUUGCACUUUAAAACAAGCACUAUUUCCCAUGGGCCGCAUGGUGGCCCUUCACUUGGGGUGUUACUUGUGCCCCUUUCUGGCCACACUGGGUCUCGCUGUCACCGCAUUAGAGUCCGGGGCUCCUCCAUGGCCCCUCAGGAUCACCCCUCAUCCCUCAUGGGUCAGAAGGGGUCCUCAGCCCUCGGGGCAGGGCUCUCUUAAAAUCCCGUGUGAAAGAGACACACAUGUCUCAGAAGGGCGCAGCAACUGGGGGUUGGGUAUUGUACUGUUCUUUCUUGUCAACCAGCCAUUGUGUGUUCUGUGUCCCUGUCUGUCCUGGAAGCCCGACGCUCCUUCCCGCAGUCAUCUAGGCAGACGGCACAGCCAAAAGCAAUAAGUACCCGUGUGUCUCCCUAGAGGUUCUGACGUACUACUUCCUGGUGUCAGUCUUCCUGUCCUAGCGUGUUGACCUGGCAUUGUCCUGCCUACUUGUAACCCAGUGGCACGGUGUUGUGGCCCUUCCUCAGUGACACCAGUCCGCACGAUGCUGUAGCUAUGGCUUGUCUAUCAGUAAAGAUGGUGUUAUCGGUCAGCCUGUCGGUAGUACACGGAGCAAUGUGGUUUUCUUACUGUAGUGGUAGUGGAUAAUGUCCCAAAGGCUGUAGUGUCCUCCUUUCUGUCCUCAGAACAGUGACAGACAUGUGUCUUCCUGAUGGAGCAAUGACAUGGUAUUGAUCACCUGUCCUCAGUAUAAUUUAUGGCUGGUCUGCCCAACAGGUCAAUGGCAUGAUCCACCCAUCAGCACACUUACAUCCCAAUGUUCUGCCUCCCGUUCCCAUGGCUGAGGUCAGGCCACCUGUCACAGGUAGAACGCUCAAGGGUUAUUACAUCAACCUUAAACAAAGUGUCUUCUACAGUUUGUGACAGCUCUCAGCAUCUCCGGGGACCAGGGUGCUCUCCCUCCGGAGGGUGCAUUUGCUGUGGUUGGAGAAGACUGAGACAUCAGCUGUCUCGCAGGCCUCAGAGCUUUCUCAAAACAGAAGCGAAGGGGCAGACAGUGAAGGUCACCCUGUCCAGCAGUGCCCUGGAGACAGGCUCUGGAGUCUCCCUGCUGAGCUCGGCCUGGUGCUGGGGGCCUGUUGCUGUGACCACGGGUCGGGUCCGUUCUGCUCACCAUUGCUCAUGUCUCUUCUUUGUUUUUCCAUCACCCUAGAUGUCACCCAGCAGCACAAAUGUGAAAAUUCAGGGAAAACAAAACAAAUGCUUUUUGAUAAAAAGUAAAUAGUUGUGAUUUCCGAUUCAGAUAUUUUUAGAGCUAUCUGUAAAAACUCCUACUGAUGAUAGAGUCUAUUUUACAUAUCAGGAAGUAAACAUGUCUUAACAUAGCCAUAUAUAGCCAGAAGGAAGUUACCGCCCCCUUCUUCAAAUCAAGGCAUUUCAUUGGUUGGUUAAGCCGAAGGCAGGUGUACAGAAGAGAAAUGACUUCUUUCUUUUUAAGAAACACUUGGUGCGACUUCUCCUUGUAACCAAAGGCCCCUUCUGCCUUGUGUCGUGCAGGACCUGGCUGUCCCUUCCUCCUGCGUUUUGUCUGACCUUAAAGUAGCAUUUUACAGAGUCAGUGAAGGCCGAAUUCAGAGUACCCCUUGCCAGCUGAAUAAACAGAGUCCGACCGAGUUCCUAUAGAAAUUCAUCAACUCAGAGUAAACUAUGCGUAAAUGUUUUCUGCUUUGUUUUGGAUUUUGCUGGUUUGUUUUGUUGUUGUUGUUGUUGUUUCUGUUCUUCCCCACUCACGUGUGUGUGCCGUGGGAAUACAGCUUUUCCUCCACAUGUGACUCAAGUUAGUACUGUAAAUUUUCCUACCAGCCCUCCGCCUGCUAAAAAGGAACCGAGUUUCAUUCCACACACACCCAACAUGGGUACCUGCGUUUACAUGCACUGGGGAAGCUGGAGAAGGGUCACCAAGAUGACGCUGACUCUGACAGAUGGUUCUCAGUCAUGAAAAGGGAAGCCAAGGUGUGGAGGCAGAAGCCCCUGAACUUGGUGGUCCAUUUCCACCUGUCCUAAGCCAACUGGAGCAAAAGGAAGUGAGGUGCCUGAAUAACACCGAGGGCUGGAGGCGGAGAUUCACUUAUGGUCCAGUUGUGAAGCCAACAGGACUGUCAAGAACCCAGCGGAACUCGAGUUCUGGGAUCCACCCCAUCAUCAGAAAGGGCAUCGGGCAUCUGUGCGCACCCAGAGGGGAGGACAGAUCAGUGCUCUCACCCUCCCAUCAUUGAUGGCCCCAAAACAACAGGUCUCGGGCCGCGGAUUUCUCUCUGGGAUUCCAUCUUAAGCACAUUGAGAGGAGAAAGAGAGAAAUGAGAGAAUGGUGGUCAUCGAGGAGAGAGGAAAUGGAAGCCAUCCUUGAGCCACUCUGCUCACUCCCAACAGCUGAGCCUCGCCUUCUGGUCCACAUCCUCUGUAUUCCAUAGCUGCAGCCUCAUCUCGGUCCCUUCUCCUGAGAAGAUCCACGUUUUUAAGAAGGAAGAAAAAAAACACACAAGACACAACAGCAUCCUCGUCUAUACAACUGUAAUGUACUGUCAACUUUUGUAAUUAUUAUGCGUUUGUCUGACUCUGGUCAUGGCUGGAAUGUAUCUAGUCCAUGAGCAAGGGCAUAUUUAAAAUUCAUCCCAGACAAGGGUCCCUAAAGCCAGGUUCCUCUAUAUAGCUAGAUAGACAGAUAUAGAUACAGAAAUAUCUCUUCCUUAUUUCUCUGCCAACUUUUCUCAAGGAAAGAAACCACAGGUUGCGCUGAAUCAAAGAUUGCACAGGCAAGCUUCUAGAGCAUGCUUCUUCGGCGAUGUGCUUUGUGCGAGUGUAGCUGAGAAGUUGGCAGAAGAAUGAGGGGGACUCCCAGGUCGCCAGAAGGACAUUGGAACACUCCAGCCCCAGGCAUUUCCUAACCUAUUACUGUUUCUAUGACAACACUCAAAUGCUUUCAUGUCACCAGGCCAGGGCCACCCAAACUAGCCCCGGGCACACCUGGAAAUAAGAGUUACCUCUGCAUUUUCUGUUGCCAUUGUUUCUGGCUCUAGAAGCAUCUAUAUCCUAGGACGUCCACACAUCUCAGAGUAGUCUAUUUUUUUGUUCAGAUAAAAUAUAUAUAUAAUAUGUAUUUUUAGUAUAUUUAUAAUAGGACAAUUUAGUCUAAUUUCUUUUGUAAAAGUAAUAUUUGGGGGUUUUAUCGUUACUCAUUUGCAUAGCUGGUCUUUUCUGCUCCCCAUUAUUCCUUCCCACUGUCCCUUGGGCUGUUUUUUUCUUUUUUUCUGUUGGAUUCUGGUUGUCUGGAGAUGAGGAAAGACUGGGGUUUGACAUCCUAGAAGACUGAGUGCCUGGCCCCGGGGGGUGGGGAGGAUCAGUGUUUUUCCUCAUCAGAUCUGUGUCCCCCUGAGUUCCUGGCCCCCCAGUGGGGGGGCAUUGUAUCUUUCUUCAUUAGGUCUGUGUCCCCCUGGCUGUCACUCUUAAGAAUCCAGGUGUUCAGGAGCAAGCCAGGUGAAGCAGAGGUGUAGUUGGGACCUGCAUUGCCAGGAGCUCAGGCCUUACCCUCCCAGGAUCUUAAAGGACCGAGCUUUCUGGUUCCCCAAAAUACUGGAACCAAGACCCUCCUGCAAGCAAACUUGCUUCCAAGCAAUCACUGAGCUCUGGAACACUCCUGAGUCCUCUUGGCCAGGCCGCCCCCAUCUCCACCAUCCUGCUUCCCAGGGCCACCAGCUGGACCCAGGGACCAGAGCUGUGCGGACUCUGGCAAACCUCAGAUGAAUGUGCUGCAUCCCCCAUCCAUUUCUCAAAGUCUCACCAAAAGCCAGUGACCAGACAGCCUUCUAGCCAAAAACUGAGGCCUGACAGCCCAAAGCCGCGAUCGUCCUGCCCAGUCCUUCCCAGCAGCGCCAAGUGUGAAAUUUGGGGCAAGGGCCUCAGUAUUUUUCCAGCUUCCGCUUUUCCAAACCUCUAGUCCUUGGUCAGUUCUGAACAUUCAUAUGUGAGGCGAUUUUGAGCCUGGGGGCAGGUGAUGGGCAGACACCACGUGGAAUCAAGGGGUUCUUCCAUCAGUCACCUACUUGGGACAGCAAAAUAAGCCAACCAGACUGCCUCCCAUGCUCAAUAGGUCACCUGCCUGCCUCCGCUUCACCAGCAUCAGAGAUUUGGGUCAAGCCAGGACCUUCUCCAUCUCUAACAGUGAUGAUGUCCCCAACUGAAAGAACCCCAAGAGGAUGCUAACCCAAACACAAUUCAUUAUCCUGGUGGUUGGAUUUUCUUUUCUUCCCUUUGGUUUUGUUCUGUUUUGUGGUGUUUGGAAUCUAACUAGGGCCUUGGCUGUGUCGGACAAGCGCCUGACCCCUGAGCUAUAUCCAGUUCCUGAAUGUAUUAUUUUGGAAUGUGAUUCUAAUCAGUUUCCCCAACCCUAAAAUUCCUGGUAGUCUGGUUUGUUCCAGAGCCAAAUAAAACAGACAAGAUUUUGUGUUUGUGUGUGUGUGUGAGUGUGUGUGUGUGUGUGUGUGUGUGUGUAACUU